AUGCCGCCGCUCUCCUCCUCCUCCGGCAUGCGGAGUAUCCGCCGCGAGCUCCAGCGGAGGAGGCCCGAGCCCUUGGCGCCCAGGAGCUCGGCCGCCAAGAAGCCAUCCGCGCCGCCUCCCCACCCGCGCCAAGGCGUCCGCGACAAGGUCCUGGAGCCACGUUCUCGUCCACCGCGCGAGGAAGUUCCGUCGCCGCUCGCCUCUCAGUCCCGAGGCCGCUCCGGCACCGACGCGCCGCGGCCUCGGCCACACGCUUCGCCGCGCCAACCCGUCGUCUCCCGCUCGACGCCGCCGUCUCGGUCCGCCGUCUCUUCGGCCAGGUCUCCCAGCGCCUCCGCGCAUCUGAGGCCCGGGACGGCGGUUGGUGUCCGCACGAGGACCACGACGCUGAAGACCGGGGAGGUCCUCGUGUUCUGGCUCAGAGCGAUGAUCGUGUCGUCCACCCACGGAGGCUACGAGGUCGUCUACGACGGCAACUGGCCGCCUGGUGACCCCUACGGCACCGUUCGCGUCAGGAUGGUCGAGCCCUCGCCGUCGCCGACGACCCCGCCGCCGUCCCUGCCUCCGUCCACCGCCCCCGGCUCGUCCGCCUCAGACAACACCGCCACCGUGGUCACCGCGCGGAAGGAGAUGCGGCCCGCGCCGAGGCCGACCACGGCUGGGAUUCUGGGAAGAGCCUGCGCCUAA